AUGGGAAAUGCUGCGUCUGGCCUCCCCUUCGUCGUGGGCGAGGAGGUCGACUCCUACCCGGAGAGCCCAGAGACAUGCUCGUGGCGCAUGCACAGCGGGACCAAGCGGACCGGCGGGGGCAGCGUGUCGAUAUUCCGGCUGGACCUGAAGACGUGCCCGCCGAUAGCGAGGGUGUCGGGGCAGGAAGGGAUGAAGAGCCUCCGGACGCUGAGGCACCCACACGUGCUCGCCUGCCUCGACUCGGUGCAGCUGGAGACGGAGUACGUGAUCGCCACGGAGCAAGUUAUCCCGCUCAUGCGCUGGGUCCGCGAAUGCUGCGAGCCGGGCAAGAAGGACGAGCAGGUGGCGUGGGGGAUGCACUGCCUUUGCAGCGCCCUCAAGUUCCUGCACGAGGACUGCAAGUUCUACCACAACAACAUCAGCACCGACACUGUCUUCGUCACGAGUGGCGGUGACUGGAAACUUGGGGGGAUGGACCUUUUGUCCCCGCUUGGAGGGAAGGACUACUCCAUCGCAGAGAGGCGGGGGCUGCAGCCUCGACAGUUUCAAUCCGCGGAGAGGAACAAUGACGACUGGUGGCGGUAUUCGCCGACGUUGGAUGGAGGAGGGGUCCACAUGCCCAUCCACUGCAUGGACGUCUACGCCCUCGGCCGCCUGCUGGAGCGAGUUUAUCCCGAGGGGACCCCGUCAGGGUUAGACAGGUACGUUGGCAAGAUGCUGCUUCCAGAGCCGACGAAGAGACCAACGGCGUCCCAGUACCUGCGGUGCGCCUUUCUCAGGAAGCAGACCGUCAAGGAUCUCACGGCGUUAGAGCUUUUCUCGGUCAAGAGUCCGGAGGAGAAGGCGGAGCUUCUGCAGAGAUUCGCGAUCGAAUCGCACUCGAAACAGAUUUCGAAGGAGAUGCCAGACGAAGACUUCCGCUCGACCAUCCAGCCAACCAUCGCCGGUCUCUUCGCCGUGAACGAUCGAGGAGUGCGAGUAAUGCUCCUCACCAGCAUACCGUCGUACGGGAAACGGCUAGAGGACGCCGUAGUCAACGACCAGGUGUUCGAGCCGCUAUGUGCGGGUUUUACGGAUGCGGCCGCUCCGCUUCGUGAGCUGACGCUCAAGAGCAUGGUGGCGUUCACGCAGCAGCUGUCGGAGAAGAACAUGAACGACAAGCUCAUCAAGCACCUGGCAAGGCUGCAGGGUGACGCGGAAGACUCCAUCCGUACGAACGCGAUUAUUUUCCUGGGUAAGGUGGCGGCGCAGCUGAGCCCGGCCGUAAGGGACAAGGUGCUGCUGCCGGCGUUUGCCAGGGGGGUGAAGGAUCCGUUCGUGGCGACGAGGCUGGCGGGGCUCAGGGCUACGGCGGCUUGCCACCAGCACUUUCGGGCGGAGGAGGUCUGCGCCAAGGUGCUCCCGACGGUGAUGCUGUGCCUCAUAGACCCGGGGUCAGAGGCGGUACGGGAGGCCGCCUUCGCGUGCGUGGACACGUAUCUCUGCAAGCUUCGAGAGGUGUCGGAGAGGAUGAAGGUGGAGGAGGAGGAGCGAAGAAGGAUAGAGGCGGAGGAGAAAGCGGCCGAGCUAGCGGCCCACGGCGUCAGCGGCGGCGGCGGAGGGAACGCGGCGGCGGGUGGUGGUGGUGUCGGAGGGGGCUCCGCGGGAUCAUCUUCGGCGGGGGCUGCGAAGAGGAGCUCCGCUGGGUCUGAAUGGGGGAGCUGGGCGCUGGGGAAGCUCUCCGAGACUCUCGCUAGCUCGGCCCUCCCCAGCAGCGGACCCGUCGGGGCGGCAGGAGGUGGUGCCGACACGAUGAGCAACAGCAACAGCAGCACCUCGUUGGCAUCGGCGGCGAUGUCUCCGCCCCCUUCGGCAUCGUCGUCGGGGGUGCCGAGACACCACACCACGGCCCUAGGCCUUAACCUCAACGGCGCCGGCAACGUGUCGGCGAGCAUUCCCGGUUCGGUGGCGUCGGCGGUGGCUGCGGGUCUCCCCGUCGGCGGAGGAGGCGGUGCGAGCGGGAAGGGGAUGUUUGGCUAUGUCCCCGGGGAGGAGGGGGAGGAUGACGGUGAUGGCGGCGGCGAAGACGAAUGGCAGGACGCAAGAGACAUCCAGCCCGCACCAGGGUCUACAAACGGGUGCACGACCAAUGCCGCCGCGGGUUCGAAGCCCUCGUCGAUCCUCAGCCUCAAGAAAGCCAGCCCCCCCGGAGGGGUUUCUGCCGCCCCUGCGGCCGGCCGCGGCGGCGGCGGCGGCGCGGGGGAAGGGUGGGACUGGGACGGCCUCGACGGUGUCGGCGACGAUGCGCAACCGCCGCCGCCUAAGCCGCCCUCGCCCACGCCACCGAAGCGCGUCGUUUCGUUGGGGUUGGGCGGCGGCGGCGGCGGCGGCGGGGGGGGCUCGGGGGCUGGUGCUGGUGCUGCUGGGGGGGGGGCGGCGGGCGACGCCGCGAGCCGGAGAGAAGCCUUACAGAAGCGACGGGAGGCCCGAAGGGCGCAACGCGAGAGCAGCAAGGCGAAAGCGAAACCGGUGGUCGUGGCGAAGAAGCUCAUGGACAUCGCCCCGCCUGACGGCUGGGAAGACUUCUAGAAGUUCCUUUUCUAGAAGCUCCUUUUCUAGAAAAUUUCUCCAGAACUUCUUCUUGAUAAUCUUGUGCACCGCCGUAGAAGCUUCUUCUAGAUACUAAUCUUUUUUUAUGAUCUGGUGUACCAGCGCAGUACAGCACACCGAGCUUCUUCGCAGCAGCAAGUUUGGAUUUUUGCAUCUCCUUGUUGUAAGGUGGUCCCGAGUUUCCCCGCACAAAAGUUCGGGUUUUUGAGUUUCGUAUUGUUGUUGUACGUCCGCCCUCGCCCUGCUGCUGUUCGCUGUCAUUUGUAGCGCAGUGCCGACAGGGCAUAUGUGCCAUCCCUGAUUGUUUUUUGCUUCAGAAUCUAUUUUUUUUUUUGGGUGGGCGUGGUGUGAUGGUAACUGGCAGCUUAGUAAGGGUCCAGCGAUCUCUGUGUGCACGAGUGCGGACGCUUGACAGACAGCCCUCGCCGAAGGGAAAAGCUAUUCCACGAUUGAUAAUAAUAUUAAUCAUUUCGUCGUGCUGUGUACGUUACGUCUCGACAUCGAGGGAGGACUACGGUAGUACAAUAGUGCUGAACAACCUGCGAAGUUCGUGUUGAGACCCGGCAUGACGCAGUUGGGGCUCAAGCAGCGCGGUGCGGAUGCUUUUGUUUUGCGCUUGGGGAAGAACGGAUCCGUUUUUAUACAUCCGUGCAGGGCCCAAUAGACGAAGUGCAACGGUUG